AUGGCCAGAGUCACCAUUCACGUGGAGCAAUCUGAGACUGAAGGAGGAGAAGAAGCACCACCACCGUUAAGAAUAGAAGUUGGGAACAAAUAUCUGGCAGCAUCUGACUCGCUAGGAUUAUGUGAUAAACCCUUUUGCAAUACAUGUCCUAGCUAUUUGAAGACUCAGAAACAUGAUUUAACUGAUAAUGCGAAUAAUUCUACAACAUUCUCCUUCUGGACAUUCUCCUUCUGGCUUUCACUUGUUCUGAAUCCUCACAGCAAAUGGGAUCAUAAAUGUGUUGGAGUCCUGUGGUUGGUCGCACAAAGAACAUAUAUUCCCAUCAUAUUCGUCACUGAUCUUGUCCUUGGAACGAACAUUAUUUGGCGGUUUAGGAUGGCUUAUAUUUCUUCUAAGCCAACAGAUGGUGGUGGAUAUUUAGUUGACGAUCCAACAAAAAUUGCUCUCCGUUACAUACUAGCACCAAAUGGGUUUGCUGUUGAUUUCUUUCUCAUGUUUCCUUUUUCUCUGGUGAUGAUAUAUGGUAUCCCAAAAAGUGAGGUAGUGCCUACAUUUUUUGGACGUCUUAAUUCCUGGCUGCUUAUAAUGCUGAUUGUGCAACAAGUCAUCCAAAUAGUGAAAAUUUUCCCUAAAAAAUUAUUUGACGCGCAUGGGACUAUUUGGAUUGUUUAUGCAAAAAAUGUUGCCAUCCUUGUACUAAUUGGACAUCUUGUUGGAUGUUUCGGAUAUCUCGCUGCUGUACAGAAGGUUGAGAAAUGUUUGCUAGCUACCUGCAAUGCGUCUGGCAUAAUUGGAUGUAAGAGUAUCAUCGUUUGUGACUCUAAGGCAAACAAUGAUGCAACUCAGUGGUUGAUAAAUAAAAAUGCCAGCAUCUGUUUCUCUAAUACUUCUAGCAAUGGGAUCUUUGCUGAUAUAAUACCACUUGUGGGAUAUCACUCAUUUCGCAAAUAUAUAUUUACACUGUUUUGGGGUAUCACGCAAAUUAGUAACAUUUCUGGUAAAACUCCAAGCAUCUCUAAUGUGGAAGAAGUCUUCUUCGUAUGGGCUAUCAGAGCAUUGGCGAUCUCAAUUUUUGCACUUAUAUUUGGAAACAUAACAAGUAUUAUUCAAGGUCUCAGUAGGAGGAAGAUAGAUACCAUACUUAGACUCAAUGAAAUUGAACGAUGGUCAAGGCAUCGUCACCUACCAGAAGAUUUAAGCAGGAGAAUACUAGAUGCUGAAAUUCAGAAUUGGGCUGCAACAAAAGGGAUGAAGGAAGAAGAACUUUUGAAGAGUAUGCCAAAGGAUAUCCAGAGAGACCUAACAAGGCAUCAGUUUCUCCCCAUUAUUAAAAAGGUUCAACUCUUUGAAAUCAUGCACCAGUCAAUUCUUGAUGCUAUCUGUAUGGAAUCAAAGUGGAAGCUGUACUUGGCAGACAGUACAAUCAUGUAUCCAGGUGACUUAAUAGAGAUGAUAGUCUUUAUUGUGCAUGGAAAACUGGAGAUCAAGGACAGCAGUGGAACAAGCGUCCACAUAUCUGACGGGGAUGCAUGUUGCCAAGAACUCCUUUUCUGGUGUCUUCAGAGAGCUUCAUCCAAUAGUAGCACAGAUGGUGACAAAUUAUUUUUUCCUGAAGAAAGAUUUCUGAGCACCAAGAGUAUAACUUGUUUAACAGAUGUGGAGGCAUUUGUGGUUGAAGUUACUGACCUUGAAAAGAUCCUAACUCGGUUUGCAAAAUUGUUGCACACUCCACGUAUUGAAGAGGCCAUAAAAAGGCACGAAAUGCUUGAAAGGCUGCAUGAAGAGUCAGGAAGCAACCAAGAAGAACCACAGAGUGCUACUGUCCCAGAGGAAUUACCCUAUAUAUGUUUACAUCAUUAA